AUGACUGACGAUGGGCCGAAACCGUUGACCGCGCUCCCGUUCCCACCCGUGACAGCAACACAUAUCUUGAACUGCUCAUAUCAUUCAUGGCAUCCUCGCUUCAGAUCACUUACACCAAAAGCUCGACUCAUACCUCUCACACAGCCGUUUCUGGAGUAUCUACGAGCCGAUGGAAUCGUAUUGCCUCCUGAAAACUCUCCGAAUGACCAAGAUAGUGGGUUCCAGGACGAGGACGAGGAGGAUCCUUCCGAGUCAUGGUCCGAUGUUCACGAGCGAGUUCGUUCUACAAUCGCCGAACUAGGAGGCAAAGUUGUCCCGAAGUUGAACUGGUCCGCUCCCAAGGAUGCGACCUGGAUCGCACCUACCAACGACCUAGAAUGCCGGACGCCAAACGACAUAUACCUCCUUCUCAAGUCCAGCGACUUCAUCACGCACGAUCUCGAGCAAGCCUUUGACGGCUGUACAGAUCAAGUCGACGUGCCUUAUCACCUUAUCCUUCGAAAAUCGUUCAACCUGAAUCCGUCACUGGAAUUCCGAUGCUUUGUGCGGAACCGCAAGCUGAUCGCCAUCAGCCAGCGGGAAAUGAACCACUUUGAGUUUCUUUUCGAGUUGCGGAGCGCAUUAAAGAGCCAGAUCCAGGAGUUUCUAUACUGUCUUGCCGAUUUUCCAGAUGACAAUUUCGUCUUCGACGUCUACAUUCCACCUCCACAUGAACGAGUCUGGCUGAUUGAUAUCAACCCCUGGGCACCUCGGACUGAUCCGUUGUUGUUCUCCUGGCUGGAGAUCCUGUCCAUCCCGGAACCCGAAGCAGAUACGGUUUUCGACCCAGAGUUUCGUCUCGUGCAGAGUGACGACCCCGAGGCAUAUCAAUUUGCGGCGACGAAGUAUAGCGCUCACAAGCUACCCAAAGAAGUCGUGGACGCGAGCAUGGCGCCUGGUGAUAUGAUGAAAAUGAUGGAAGAGUGGAAAAGGAUCAUGGAAACCCAGGUUGAGGAAGAUUCGGCCGAUGAACAGGAGACCUGA